GACUUACACAUAUCGAUAGCAAAAUACUUGUAUUAGUCCUCUUUUCUUUGAUGUCUUGUGAAUGACAUCGUUUGCUGUAAUAAUUCAAACGGCAUAAGCAGAAGUAAACACCAUGUCGCGUUUCUUUGCCAAUGGCUCGGACUCGGAAUCCGAAUCCAGUGAGGAAGAAGUCCCAACCCAAUUCAACAACAAAGCCCAAAAUUUCCAAUUUAGCGAUGAUGAGGAGGAAGUGAAACGUGUGGUGCGCUCUACAAAGGAGAAACGCUACGAGAAUCUAACGAGCAUCAUUAAAACGAUACGCAACCACAAGAAGAUUAAGGAUAUACCCAAUACGCUGAGCAGCUUUGAGGAUUUGACACGCGCCUAUACCAAGGCGCUGCCCGUCAUCUCCAAGGAGGAGAACGGAAUAACGCCGCGCUUCUACAUACGCUGCCUGGCCGAACUGGAGGAUUUCAUCAAUGAGGUGUGGGAGGAUCGGGAGGGACGCAAAAACCUCUCCAAGAACAACUCGAAAUCGCUGGGCACACUGCGUCAAAAGGUACGCAAAUAUAUUAAGGACUUUGAGGACGAUCUGGCCCGUUUCCGUGAGGCACCCGACCAGGAGAGCGAUGUGGAUGAAGGUGAAGGCGAUGUCCACGAUAGCGAUGCCGAUCGUGCCGGUGAUGAUAGCGAUACCGGUUUUGGAGUCGGCGCCAAAAUGGCCGAGUUGCCCAAGGCAGCGAAAUCGUCGGUGCAACCAACGAAAAUAAUUGCAGAUGAUGAUGAUUCCGAGGAUUCGAUUGACUGGGAUCCGGACACCGAAUCGGAGACGGAAUCGUCUGAGGACGAGAAUAUGUAUCAGAAUAUGCGCGAACGUUUCCUCAAGCGUACCACCGAAAAGGAGGACAAGGACGACGAUAAACGUAAGGAUAAGCGCAAGGAGCAGAAGCACAAGGUGCGCAAACGUGCUGAUGACGAUGAGGAUGGCGAAGGAUGGGAAACCGUCGUCAAGGGCAACGUUGUUGAGAAACCGAAAAUGUUUGAAAAGGAUGCCGAAAUCGAUGUACCCCUCGUCCUGGCCAAACUGAUCGAGAUCAUGUCGGCACGUGGCAAGAAGCGCACAGAUCGUCGUCUCCAAAUCGAUUUGUUGUUCGAGUUGCGUGACAUUUCCGAGCAGCAUUCACUGGGCACCGCUGUCGCCAUCAAGAUUCACUUCAGUAUCAUUUCGGCGAUCUUUGAUUAUAAUCUGAAGAUAUCGGAGCCCAUGAAGCUGGAGCAUUGGGCGCUCUUGCUGGAGGUGAUGCAGAGCAUGAUGAAGUUGCUGCUGGCCAAUCCGGAUAUCAAUAUGAACGAGAGUAUCGCCGAGGAGCACGAAGAAUAUGCGACGGCACCGUUCUAUGUCCGUGGUUGUCCCCUUGCGGCCGUGGAGCGUUUGGAUGAUGAGUUCACCAAACUGCUGAAGGAAUGCGAUCCACAUUCGAAUGAUUACGUAUCGCGUCUCAAGGAUGAGGUCAAUGUGGUGAAGACCAUUGAGCUGGUUGUCCAAUACUUUGAGCUCUCCGGCAGCAAUAAUGAACGCUGUCGCAUCUAUCUGCGCAAGAUCGAGCAUCUCUACUACAAAUUCGACCCGGAAGUGCUCAAGCGCAAGCGUGGCGAGCAGCAGCCAGCGACAGGAGCAGCGGGUGCCACCCCAGCAGCACCCGUCCAAUCCUCUGUGGAGGUUAUGGAUAAACUAUGCAAGUUUAUUUAUGCCAAGGACGAUACGGAUCGGAUUAGGACGCGUGCCAUCUUAGCGCACAUCUAUCAUCAUGCAAUGCACGACAAUUGGUUCCAGGCACGUGAUCUGGUGCUGAUGUCCCAUCUGCAGGAUAACAUCGAUGCAGCGGAUCCAUCGACGCGCAUCCUCUACAAUCGCAUGAUGGCCAAUUUGGGACUGUGCGCCUUCAGGCAGGAGAACAUCAAGGAUGCCCAUCAUUGUCUUGUCGAUCUGAUGGUCACCGGCAAGCCGAAGGAGUUGCUCGCCCAGGGUCUGCUCCCACAGCGUCAGCAUGAACGUUCCGCCGAGCAGGAGAAGAUCGAGAAACAGCGCCAAAUGCCAUUCCACAUGCACAUAAAUCUAGAGCUGCUCGAGUGCGUCUAUCUGGUGUCGGCGAUGCUUCUCGAGAUACCCUAUAUAGCAGCGCAUGAAUUCGAUGCACGUCGUCGCAUGAUCAGCAAAACGUUCUACCAACAGCUGCGCUCCUCGGAACGCCAAUCUCUGGUUGGUCCGCCCGAAUCGAUGCGUGAACAUGUCGUCGCCGCUGCCAAAGCGAUGCGCUGCGGCAAUUGGCAGGCAUGCGCCAAUUUCAUCGUCAACAAGAAGAUGAACACCAAGGUGUGGGAUCUGUUUUACGAGUCGGAGCGCGUUCGCGAAAUGCUCGUCAAGUUCAUCAAGGAGGAAUCGUUGCGCACGUAUCUGUUCACCUACUCCAAUGUGUACACCUCGAUCAGCAUACCAUCGCUGUCGCAGAUGUAUGAAUUACCGCUGCCCAAGGUGCACUCGAUCAUCAGCAAGAUGAUCAUCAAUGAGGAGUUGAUGGCCAGUCUGGAUGAUCCCAGCGAGACGGUUGUUAUGCACCGUUCGGAACCGUCGCGUCUGCAGGCACUCGCCAUGCAAUUUGUGGAUAAGGUGACCAAUUUGGUCGAUGUGAAUGAGAAGGUGUUCGACAUGAAGCAGGGCAACUUCUUCCAGCGCGGCAACAUGGGCAAUCGGGAUCGUGGCUACAAUCGCAACCAGAACAAUCAGGGCGGCAAUUGGGGCGGACAGCGACGCGAUAAUCGCAGCCAGCGCAAUCGCAACCAGCGUGGACACCAUAAGCAGAACCAGCAGCAAAAUCAGCAGCAGCAGCAACAACAAGUCCACACCAUCGACGAGGAGUAGACGCACCACACAGACACAAUCGGAAACAGGAACAGUUCUAUGGAUAACACGCGGCAAUUGAUUGAAUGGGAAUGUGGACUUGGAACAGCUGCUCCUUACGUUUGUGGAUGGACCUCCGAUUCGGAUUACCACACCGGAUCGGAGGUCUAUAUUCAUCCGCGAAUCUCUCUGGGCAGCAGUUUCCAAUUUCGUUGCCAGUCCAUUUUCCGUUACGUACUGUUCUGUGAAUUUGUUUGCUUAAAAAAGAAGAAAACUAAAACUAA